AUGGCGCAAAAGAGAGGGUUUGAGCCCAGCGGGAAUGCUGGCGAUGGUGGGCCGCCGCGCAAGUUUACCCAUCGAAGACCUGUUACGGAUUAUGGAUCCUCGCUUGCAAGAUGGAUAUUCGACAGACGGCUGGACUUCAGACCGCAUUGUCAGGCUGGGAGCUCCUUUGCAGAGGAAGGAACGUAUCUAAAAGAGUUGCUACCGUCGAUAAGUGCGACGACGAAUGUGGUUGCUCAGAUUCCUAUACGACAUAUUCAUGCCUCCUUGAACAAAAUCAAGCAUCCUAUUAAUAUGGUCAAGUGGACACCCGAGGGUCGCAGGUUGCUUACCGGGUCAAGUAGUGGUGAAUUCACGUUAUGGAACGGCAUGGGGUUCAACUUCGAAACCAUUAUGCAGGCUCAUGAUAGCGCAAUCAGAGCAUUGGAAUACUCGCAUGGUGCAGACUGGUUAUUGUCAGGAGAUCAAGAUGGUAUCGUCAAAUACUGGCAGACAAAUUUCAACAACGUCAAGGUACUGCAAGCACACGACAGUCCCGUUAGAGACGUUUCAUUCUGCCCUACGGAUGCCAAGUUCGUAACUGCGUCCGAUGAUGGUAGUCUCAAGAUUUGGAACUUCGGCGAAGGGGAAGAAGAGAGAAUACUCAGUGGACACGGUUGGGAUGUCAAAUCGGCGCAUUGGCACCCGUACAAAGGAUUGAUAGCUUCUGGAUCGAAGGACCAUUUAGUCAAGCUCUGGGACCCCCGGUCUGCGAGGUGCUUGACGACCUUGCAUGGUCACAAAAACACAGUAUCGAGGGUUCGCUUUCAACCCUCGCAAGGACACUUGUUGGCUACAUCUGGUCGAGACAUGACAAUCAGAAUCUUUGAUCUACGAACAAUGAAGGAUCUUUGCAUUCUACGAGACCAUGAGAAGGAAGUCUCAUCCCUAGCAUGGCAUCCAACUAUUCCGUCGCUUCUUAGCAGCGGCUCGCUGGAUGGUUCAGUCAGACAUUUUGUGCUCGACGAACUAUCGGCUUCGACCGGCGGUAGUGUGAGUGUUGUGAGAGCUGCAGUAUCAGUUCCUCACGCACACGAGAAUGCGGUUUGGUCGAUGGAAUACCAUCCAUUAGGACACAUUCUGUGUACUGGAUCCAACGACCGCAGCACAAGAUUCUGGGGACGUCCGAGGGUAGGAGAAAUCGAGUCUUUCUCGGAGAGACAAUAUACUGGAGAAGGAGCAUAUGAAUCACGAAACGAUAACAAGGGCAAGAAGAAGCAUCAACCCAAGGAGGAGGAAGAGGAAGCAGAUGAUGACGAUUAUCUGAUAGACCAACAGAUGCCGGUCCCUGGAGCUGGGCCGACACCUGUUCACCCAAUGGGCAAUAUGCCGCCAUUCCCACCAGGGAUGGAUUUGGGAGGUGCUCUCCCUCUUCCUGGAUUGCCAGGUCUUCCGGGGCUUGGUUUUCCGCCGCCACCACCUGGAUUCGAUCCGACGUUAGCAGUAUUGGCCGCUAUGCAGCAGCAACAGCAGCAACAGCAACAUAGCCAGCAGAAUCAAAUGCCGCGGCAGUAA